AUGGAGAAGAUUCCAGUGUCAGCAUUCUUGCUACUUGUGGCCCUCUCCUACACUCUGGCCAAAGACACCACAGUCAAACCAGGAGCUAAGAAGGACACAAAGAACUCUCAACCCAAACUGCCCCAGACCCUCUCCAGAGGUUGGGGCGAUCAACUCAUCUGGACUCAGACAUAUGAAGAAGCUUUAUACAAAUCCAAGACAAGCAAUAAACCCUUGAUGAUUAUUCAUCACUUGGAUGAAUGCCCACACAGUCAAGCUUUAAAGAAGACAUUUGCUGAAAAUAAAGAAAUCCAGAAAUUGGCGGAGCAGUUUGUCCUCCUCAAUCUAGUUUAUGAAACAACAGACAAACACCUUUCUCCUGAUGGCCAAUACGUCCCCAGAAUUAUGUUUGUUGACCCAUCCCUGACAGUUAGAGCCGACAUCACUGGAAGAUACUCAAAUCGUCUCUAUGCUUACGAACCUUCGGAUAUGGCUCUAUUGCUUGACAACAUGAGGAAAGCUCUCAAGUUCCUGAAGACUGAAUUGUAG